AAAAGAGAACGAGGGAAAAAUGGGGCAGGGGUUUUUGUUCGUCAUGCACGGGGCGGUGGGUUAGAGAUGGUUGGGUUGGGGGUUGCAAUUGAGAGAGGGGGGAUAAACACCCUAUGAUCUCCGGGUCACGUGUUGCCCCGCAUUCUUUCCGGGGGGGGAUUCGCGAAGUUCGGUAUCGUGCAACGCGAAUAAGUAUGAUACGAUACUACGCUGAGGAAGUAUCACAACUUAAUGGUCGAUACGACAAAAAAAACAAAACAAAACACAGGGCAGGACGGACACGAUCUUUUCAUCCGAAGAACGGUAACAAACUGCACCACUAGCCACCAUUUCAUUUCUCGCAACGCUGCGAUCAGCACCAAAUAAAUAAAAUAUCAUACCUUCCACCUCUAUCCAACUCCACCACUACCACCACUACCACCACCACCACGUCCAACCGCUAGCAGAUGCCACAACCCUCCCACACCCCCCACCCAAACAUAACAAUAGCCCCGCCAACACCCCUAACCAUCCCACUGCUGAAACGGCUAAACACCCUCCUCCUACCGAUCCCGUAUCCGCAAACCUUCUACAGCGAGAUCCUCCCUUCCCCCCUCCUAACGCGUCUGACCCGUCUGGCAUUCUACAACCCCCCGCCAUCCUCCUCCCCCUCCGCACAACCGAUAUGCAUCGGCGCCAUCCGCUGCAGAUUGGAACCCCAUGGCAAACUUUACGUGAUGACGCUCUGCACCCUGAGCCCGUAUCGUGGGCUCGGCGUGGCGGGGAGGCUGCUGGAGGCGGUAGUGGGGAGCGGGGUCAGAGAAGUUUACGCACACGUUUGGGAGAUGAAUGUUGAGGGGAUUGGAUGGUAUGCGCGGCGCGGGUUCGAGGUGGGGGCUGUGGUCGGUGGAUAUUAUCGACGGCUGAGGCCGGAUGGUGCACGGGUUGUUAGGCGUUGGGUGGGGGUUGUGGAGUGGGUGGGAAAGGAGGGGGUUGUUGAGGAGGAUGAAGGGGAGGAGAGCGGAGAUGAGGAGGAGGAGGAGGGACGGGAGGGAGAGGAAAGGUUUGGGGAUGGGGAGAGUGUAAGGGACGAAAAAAGUGAGCCGGAGGGGAACAGAGAAGCGCAAGAGGGGAGUGGACCGAAACAUCACGGGGGAGACGGGGGAGAAGCGGUUGAAGAGUAG